GUGAUGUCGGCUGCAAAAGGCAGAAACAAAAUUAAAGACAUUUUUGAGAAUUUGAGUUACGGGCCAGCUCCCGAAUCUGACAGUGUGGCGCAAUCGUGGUUAGAAAAGCACCAUAGGAAGUUUGGUCACUUCAUCAACAACGAAUGGGUGCAUCCGGAGAACAGGAAGUUCUAUGAAACCAGGAAUCCUUCAAAUGAUACAGCCCUAGCAAGCACAACUCAGGGCACAAAUGAAGAUGUUGACUUGGCAGUAGCAGCAGCCAAGCAGGCGUACAAAUCAUGGAGUCAGACAUCUGGUCAUUACAGGUCAAGGGUCAUUUAUAGCAUAGCGAGACACGUGCAGAAGCACGCCCGUCUACUAGCCGUCAUCGAAUCAAUGGACAAUGGCAAACCAAUCAGAGAGUCACGUGACUGUGACGUCAAUAUGGUCAUCAGACACCUCUACCACCAUGCUGGUUGGGCCAGUCUGAUGGAGAAGGAGAUGGGGGAAUGGAAAUCUUUGGGAGUUGUUGGUGCUAUCGUGCCGUGGAACUUUCCUCUCAUGUUGAUGGUCUGGAAGAUCUGUCCUGCGCUGGCCAUGGGCAACACCGUCGUUCUCAAACCUGCUACCUUUACACGACUAUCUGCUCUCCUGUUGGCCGAAAUCUGCUCGGAGGCUGGACUACCACCAGGCGUUUUCAAUGUAGUAACUGGAUCAGGGCAGAUGGGCAAUUAUUUGGCCGUUCAUCCAGAUGUUGACAAGGUGGCAUUCACUGGGUCGACCGAAGUUGGUCAGGUGCUGAGGAGAUCCCUGGCAGGAUCGGGAAAGAAGUUGUCUCUGGAGUUGGGGGGCAAGUCCCCUGUGGUCGUGUUCGAAUCAGCUGAUCUGGAGAGUGUGGUGGAAGGUGUGGUCGAUGCAAUCUGGUUCAAUCAAGGACAGGUGUGCUGUGCUGGGUCUCGUUUGCUGGUUCAGGAAUCAGUGUGUGACAGAUUAGUGGAACGACUGAAAGAACGGAUGAAUAGAUUGAGAGUGGGGGACAGUUUGGACAAGUGUAUCGACAUGGCAGCUGUUGUUGACCCCGCCCAUCUUCAAUCAAUCAGGGAUCUCGUACAGGGGGCAGUUGACGAGGGGGCACAGGUGUACCAAGCCAACAUUAAACUUCCUGAUGUUGGAUGUUACUACCCGCCGACCAUCAUCACCAACGUUCAGACAUCGUCAGCUGUCGUCAGUCAAGAGAUCUUCGGUCCAGUUCUGGUCAUUCUGCCCUUCCGAACCGCCCUUGAAGCCAUCAACAUCGCCAACAAUACCGAGUACGGACUGGCCGCCAGCGUAUGGACGGAAAAAGUGGGCGUGGCUUUAGAGGUUGCCAUGGCAAUCAGGGCGGGAACAGUCUGGGUUAACUGUCACAAUGUCUUUGAUUCAGCGUCUGGAUUUGGAGGUUACAAGAUGAGUGGAUAUGGAAGGGAUGGUGGAAAAGAGGGUUUGUUCGAGUACGUACGCAUGAAGUGGCAGGACAGGGCUCCACCAUGCACCACCCUCACCGUUGAUGGUCUCAGCAAGUUCGGUGCCAGCGUAGGAGGAGACAUUCCAUAUGUGGCUAACCCAUCCAGUGGUGAUACGGAGGCCACCACAUUGCCCAAGAUUGACAGAACGUACAAGAUGUAUUACGGAGGAGCUCAGCAUCGACCGGAUUCUAAUUACAGUCGACCAAUCAGAUCAUUCAGUGGCAGUGACGUCAUAGGUCACGUGGGAGAAGGCAACCGGAAAGAUGUUAGGAAUGCAGUGGAAGCAGCUCAUAAGGCACUUGCAGGAUGGAGCAGGAGAGCCAGUCAUAACAAAGCUCAGAUCCUUUACUACCUUGCCGAGAAUCUUGAAAUUAGGUCACAAGAAUUUACUGACCUUCUAGUAACUUUGACGGGAGUUUCAAGGUCAGAGGGUGAAAAAGAGGUAAACAAGUCGAUCGAGAGAUUAUUCUGGUGGGCAGGUUAUGCUGACAAGUGGGGAGGCGGUGUUCAGGAGACCACACUUUACGGUGCCACCAUAAAGAUUCACGAACCGGUCGGCGUCGUCGGUAUUGUUUGCCCGCCAAAACAGCACCCCCUGCUGACGUUUGUGUCGUUAUGUGCGGCCGCCAUUUGCCGAUCGAACUGCGUGGUCGUUGUAGCUCCAGAAUCAUAUCCUCUUUUGGCCCUCAGCUUGUAUCAGGUGUUCGACACCUCCGACCUUCCUGCAGGUGUCGUCAACAUCAUCACAGGCGAUGCUGAUCAUCUGACCAGGUGCCUAGCUGAGCACAGGGACAUUCAGUCCAUCUGGUACCACGGCGAAUCAGCGGAGGCCUCGAUGUUCGUUGAGCAUGCCUCGGCAGACAACAUGAAGAGGACGUGGGUGGACUGGGGGCUGGCACGUGAUUGGAUGGAGGACGAACAGGGAUGUGCUGAAGAUUUCCUCCACCAUGCUGUUCAAGUCAAGAAUAUUUGGCUGCCCAUGGGAAAUAUUUAUGCUAAUUAGCUGAGCAGUAUUUAAGAUAUAGAUAUUGUUUUAUCAUGGCGAUACUUUACUACGUUGUAUUGAAUUUUGGUAUUAUUCAUAUUAGUGCGUUGGGUAUUGUUACUGUUUAAGAUUGGUUAGUGUUAUUGUUUGACAUCACCAUGGUUGGUGGUUCUUUAGUAGUCGAUUGAUAACAUGUGUAGUCGGUCUGCUUCCACCCGCUGUUUCUCAACUUUUUAUUCGAAUAUUACAAAAUUGUAUGUAAUUCGUCAUGCCUGACAUCCUUUCAUUAGUUUUUAGUAGAACUGAAUCAUUUGCUUGACCAAAUUAUGCUGAUUUGAAUUUACAUACGUUUGGACAGAUAAAUUGAUCAAUUAAUCCAUGCUGUUACAUAAUAACUAGAUUUGAGAUUUAAAAUAUUUGCAAUUUAAGAAAAAAACAACUACGUCUAUUCGUCAACUGUUGAUUUUAAAAAUUUUCAACGUUGAAAGUUUAGCUUAGUGAAAUCAAUGGUGCGUAAAUUGAUGAUUUCUGUUACCGUGUGCAGUGUUCAUUAUUCUUAAAACAAGCCUGCUAAUAAUUUGAUACAAUACGAACUUUUCAUUAGGAAAGGGUGACCGGAGCACUGAUAUGAUUAAGUGAAAAUCGUAAAUUGGCUCAGACGAGUUAAAAUUUUUAACGUUUUUCAGAUAAAGUUGGCGGUUGGUAGCCUAAGUUUUUAUAUUGUACCUGAUGUUGCAACUUUUAUGAAAUUUUGUGACGAUUUCAUGAUAUUAGCGUCAGAGUGUAGUGUAUUUUAUUAUCACGAAUGCGUGCCGCAUUGCACCGUCUAUAAACACUAUAAAGAUGGAUCUCUUUAAACACGCCAUGCCACACAGUUAGAUGAAAAAGGUUUUUUUACCAAAGUUUAAACAGCGGACAGUUUUGUAUGGCUUACGAAAUGUUUGAUUUUGUCAUUCCUAACAACACCGUAGUUUAUAUUUUCGAAACGACAUCAUUGUUUUUGUUUUUAUAAUGAGUUUCAUAGAGAUUAA